CACGAUCGGUGACACCCGCGGGGGGAGCAGCCGAGGAGGGGGGGGAGGGGAACGGGACCCCCCACCCCAAAAACCUCACCCGGGACCCCCCAAAACCGCGCCGGGGACCCCCCUGACCACCCUCGGGACUGCCUGGAACCCACCCGGGACCCCCCAAACCGGACCCGGGACCCCCCAAACCCCACCCGGGACCCCCCAAACCGGACCCGGGACCCCCCAAACCGCACCCGGGACCCCCCAAAACCCACCCGGGACCCCCCAAACCCCACCCGGGACCCCCCAAACCGGACCCGGGACCCCCCAAAACCCACCCGGGACCCCCCAAACCCCACCCGGGACCCCCCCAAACCGCACCCGGGACCCCCCAAACCGGACCCGGGACCCCCCAAACCCCACCCGGGACCCCCCAAAAGCCCCGGCGGGGGUCCCGCGGCCAUGGCCGAGGGUGAAGGCGAGGACGAUGUGCAGUUCCUGCGCACGGAUGACGAGGUGGUCCUGCAGUGCACCACCACGCUGCUGAAGGAGCAGCUCAAGCUCUGCCUGGCGGUCGAGGGCUUCGGGAACCGCCUCUGCUCCCUGGAGCCCACCUCCAACGCACAGAAUGUCCCCCCCGACCUGGCCGUGUGCUGCUUCGUGCUGGAGCAGUCGCUGUCGGUGCGGGCGCUGCAGGAGAUGUUGGCCAACAGCUCCGAGAUCGGCAGCGAGUCCUCUCAGGGUGGGGGUCACCGGACGCUGCUCUACGGCCACGCCAUCCUGCUGAGACACUCACACAGCGGCAUGUACCUGAGCUGCCUGACCACGUCGCGCUCGGUGACCGACAAGCUGGCCUUCGACGUGGGGCUGCAGAAGGACGCAGCAGGCGAGGCCUGCUGGUGGACCAUGCACCCGGCGUCCAAGCAGCGCUCGGAGGGAGAGAAGGUGCGGGUGGGCGACGACCUGAUCCUGGUCAGCGUGUCCUCCGAGAGAUACCUGCACCUGUCCACGGCCUCGGGCGAGCUGCAGGUGGACGCGUCCUUCAUGCAGACGCUGUGGAACAUGAACCCCAUCUGCUCCGGCUGCGAGGAAGGUUAUGUCACCGGCGGCCACGUCAUGCGCCUGUUCCACGGCCACAUGGACGAGUGCCUGACCCCCACGGCCCCCGAGCAGGGCGAGGAGCGCAGCAGCGUCGUCAACUACGAGGGCGGCGCCGUGUGCGCCCACGCCCGGUCCCUGUGGCGCCUGGAGCCCCUGCGCAUCAGCUGGAGCGGGAGCCACCUGCGUUGGGGACAGCCCUUCCGCCUGCGCCACGUCACCACGGGCCGAUACCUGGCGCUGACCGAGGCCACCGGGCUGGCCAUGGUGGAGGCGGCUGCGGCCAACACCCGCGUGGCCACCUUCUGCUUCCGGGCCUCCAAGGAGAAGCUGGAGACGGCCCCCAAAAGGGACAUCGAGGGCAUGGGGCCCCCCGAGAUCAAAUACGGGGAGUCCUUGUGCUUCCUGCAGCACGGCAGCAGCGGCCUCUGGGUCACCUACGCCGCCCCCGACCCCAAAGCCCUGCGCCUCGGGCUGCUCAAGAGGAAGGCCAUCCUGCACCAGGAGGGGCACAUGGACGACGCGCUGACCCUGGCGCGCUCCCAGCGCCAGGAGUCGCAGGCGGCUCGGAUGGUCUUCAGCACCACGGGGCUCUACGGGAGCUUCAUCAGGAGCCUGGACAAUCUCCGGGGCCGCCCCCGGGGGUCUCCCCCGCCGCCCCUUCCCAUCGCCGCCGUCAUCCUGAGCCUGCAGGACCUCAUCGGGUACCUGGAGCCCCCUCCCCAGGAUCUGCGGCACGAGCAGCGCCAGGGCCGGCUGCGAGCCCUGCGGGCCCGCCAGAGCCUGUUCCAGCAGGAGGGGAUGCUGACCCUGGUGCUGAGCUGCAUCGACCGCCUGAGCGCCUACAGCACCGCGGCGCAGUUCGGGGAGGCCGCGGGGGAGGAGGCGGCGGCCGCCUGGAAGGAGAUCGUCAACCUGCUCUACGAGCUGCUGGCCUCGCUGAUCCGAGGGAACCGAGCCAACUGCGCCCUGUUCUCCACCAACCUGGACUGGCUGGUCAGCAAACUGGACAGGCUGGAGGCCUCCUCGGGGAUCCUGGAGGUCCUGUACUGUGUGCUGAUCGAGAGCCCCGAGGUGCUCAACAUCAUCCAGGAGAAUCACAUCAAGUCCAUCAUCUCCCUCCUGGACAAGCACGGCCGCAACCACAAGGUGCUGGACGUGCUGUGCUCGCUGUGUGUCUGUAACGCCGUGGCCGUGCGCUCCAACCAGAACCUCAUCACCGAGAACCUCCUGCCCCGCCGCGACCUCCUGCUGCAGACCGGCAUGGUCAACUACGUCACCAGCGUGCGUCCCAACCUGUUUGUGGGGACGGCUCCCGGCUCCACGCAGUUCCGCUGCUGGUACUUCGAGGUGGCCGUGGAGCGGGCGCUGCCCUUCGUCACCGCCGUGCCCACCCACCUGCGGGUGGGCUGGGGGGCUGCGGGGGGCUUCCGGCCCGCCCCGGGCGGGGGCGCGGGCUGGGGGGGCAACGGCGCCGGAGACGACCUCAACUCCUUCGCCUUCGAUGGAUUGCACCUGUGGACAGGGGGUGUCCCCAAGGCCGUGGCGUCCCCCCAACGCCGGGCUCUGGCCGAGGGGGACGUGGUCAGCUGCUGCCUGGAUUUGGGGGUCCCCAGCGCCUCUUUCCGCCUCAACGGGGCCCCCGUCCAGGGCGUCCUCGAGGGCUUCAACCUGGACACGCUCUUCAGCCCCGUGGCCAGCUUCUCGGCCGGGGUCCGGCUGCGUUUCCUGCUGGGGGGCCGUCACGGCGAGUUCCGUUUCGUGCCCCCUCCCGGUUACGCGCCGUGUGCCGAGGCGCUGCUGCCCCGCGAGCGGCUGCGGCUGGAGCCGCUGACGUCCUACAGGGGCUCUGCGCCCCCCGGCAGCCGCAGCCUCCUGGGGCCCAGCCGCGCCCUGCCCCACACCGCAUUCACCCCCUGCCCCGUGGACACCCAGCAGAUCGUGCUGCCCCCACACCUGGAGCGCAUCCGGGAGAAGCUGGCGGAGAACAUCCACGAGCUCUGGGCCCUGACCCGCAUCGAGCAGGGCUGGACCUACGGGCCUGUGCGGGAUGACGUGCAGCGCCUGCACCCCUGCCUGCUGAGCUUCCACAGCCUCCCCGACCCCGAGCGCAGCUACAACCUCCAGAUGUCGGGGGAGACCCUCAAGACGCUGCUGGCCCUGGGCUGCCACGUGGGGAUGGCGGAUGAGAAAGCCGAGGAGAACCUGAAGAAAAUCAAACUGCCCAAAACGUACACCAUGUCCAACGGGUACAAGCCAGCACCGCUGGACCUGUCUCACGUCCGGCUGACCCCGGCCCAGCUGACGCUGGUGGAUCGACUGGCCGAGAACGGCCACAACGUCUGGGCUCGGGACAGGGUCCAGCAGGGCUGGACCUACAGCACCACCCAGGACAUCAAGAACAAGCGGAACCCUCGGCUGGUCCCCUACAACCUCCUGGACGAGGGGACCAAGGCCACCAACCGCGAGAGCCUGUGCCAGGCCGUGAGGACCCUCCUGGGCUACGGCUACAACAUCGAGCCCCCCGACCAGGAGACACCCUCCCAGGGCUGUGUCCCCGGGGGUCCCCGCGCCCCCCGGCCGCGGCUGUUCCGUGCAGAGCGCAGCUCGGCCGUGCGCAGUGGCCGUUGGUAUUUCGAGUUCCAGGCCGUCACCCCCGGCGAGAUGCGCGUGGGGUGGGCACGGCCCGGGCUGCGCCCCGACACCGAGCUGGGCUCCGACGACAUGGCCUUCGUCUUCAACGGCCACAGGGCCCAGCGGUGGCACGUGGGUGGCGAGUCCUUUGGCCGCUCCUGGCAGGCCGGGGACGUCGUGGGCUGCCUCAUCGACCUCGGCGAGUGCCACAUGAGCUUCACCCUCAACGGGGAGGUGCUGAUCGGGGACGGUGGCUCCGAGGUGGCCUUCAGGGACUUCGACGUGGGGGACGGCUUUGUCCCGGUGUGCAGCCUGGGGCUGGGCCAGGAGGGGCACCUGAACCUGGGCCAGGACGUGGGGACCCUGCGCUACUUCGGCAUCUGCGGCCUCCAGGAGGGCUACGAGCCCUUCGCCAUCAACAUGAAACGUCCCAUCGCGCUCUGGUUCAGCCACAGCCUGCCCCAGUUCAUCCCAGUGCCCCCCGAGCACCCCCAGCUCGAGGUGACGCGCGUGGACGGCACCGUGGACCCCCCGUGCCUGCGCCUGUCCCACCGCAGCUCCGGCACCCCCGCCGCGCCCCCCGAGCUGCAUUUCCUGCGCCUGACUCCGGUGCAAUUCCACCCCACCUUCCGCUGCACCCCCGGACCACCCCCCCCUGCCCCAGGCGCCCCCCCGGAGCCCCCCGAGGAGGGGACCCCCGACCCCCUGUCCGAGUUCGAGCGGCUGCGGCGAUCGGCCGGGCCCCGCAGCGCCGAGGGAGAGGAGGGGGCUGAGAAAGGGGGGGCUGGGGGUGCAGCCCCCUCCCCACCCAGCGCAGCCCCCCGGGGGGAGAACGAGAAGGACGCGACCACCGAGAAGGGGAAGACGAGGAGGGGGUUCCUGUUCAAGGGCCGGAAGACGCCGUUCACGCCCCCCCCCGCGCCCCCUCCCGUGCCCCGGCUGGAGGAGGACGUGGUGCCCGACGAGCGCGACGACCCCGAGGUCAUCAUGAACACCACCACGUACUACUUCUCGGUGCGGCUGUUUGCGGGGCAGGAGCCGGGCAGUGCCUGGGUGGGCUGGGUCACCCCCCAUUUCCACCAGCACGACCCCGACUUUGAGCUGGCGCGAGUGCGCAGCGUCACCGUCACCAUGGGCGACGAGCGCGGCAACGUCCACGACAGCAUCAAGCGCAGCAACUGCUACAUGGUGUGGGGGGGGGAGUUUGCGACCCCCACCCAGCAGGCCAGGGUGUCCCACACCGACCUGGUCAUCGGCUGCCUGGUGGACCUGGCCACGGGGCUGAUGACCUUCACGGCCAACGGCAAAGAGAUCAACACCUUCUUCCAGGUGGAGCCCAACACCAAACUGUUCCCGGCGGUCUUCGUGCAGCCCACCACCCAAAAUGUGCUGCAGUUCGAGCUGGGGAAGCUGAAGAACAUCAUGCCCAUCUCGGCCGCCAUGUUCAGCAGCGAGAGGCAGAACCCGGCCCCCCAGUGCCCCCCCCGGCUGCUGAUCCAGCACCUGACCCCGGUCACCUGGAGCCGAAUGCCCACCCAGUACCUGAGCGUGGAGAGCGCCCGGCUGGGCGAGCGCCAGGGCUGGGCCGUGGAGUGCUCCGAGCCCCUGCAGAUGAUGGCCCUGCACAUCCCCGAGGAGGACAGGUGCAUCGACAUCCUGGAGCUGUGGGAGCGUCAGGAGCUGCUGCAGUUCCAGUGCCACACGCUGCGCCUCUACUGCGCCGUCUGCGCCCUGGGCAACAACCGCGUGGCCCACGCCCUGUGCAGCCACGUGGACCAGGCCCAGCUCCUCUUCGCCAUCGAGACCCCCGAGCUGCCGGGCCCGCUGCGGGCCGGCUACUACGACCUGCUGCUAGCCAUGCACCUGGAGGCGGCGCAGCGCGCCCGCUCCUCCAUGAGCGCCGAGUUCAUCGUGCCCAUCACCCCGGCCACCCGCGCCAUCGCGCUCUUCCCCGAGGGCUCCCGCUGCCCGGGACCCCCGGGCGUGGGGCCCAGCGCUUGUUUGAGACCCCAGCCCCAUUUCUCGGAGCCGUGUUUUAUCCGUGCCGGUGUGGCCGGUGCCGGCGGCGGGGCGCCGCUCAGCCCGGCUAUCCCGCUGGAGGAGUUGGGAGCCAAGGCCAUGAGGAUGCUGGCGGAGGCGGUGGCCGGCGGGGGGCCGCACGCCCGGGACCCCGUCGGGGGGAGCGUGGAGUUCCAGCUGGUGCCGGUGCUCAAGUUGGUGUCGGCGCUGCUGGCCGUGGGAGCGCUGGGCGACCGCGACGUGCGCAGGGUGCUGCGCAUGAUCGAGCCGCGCGUCUUCGGGACGCGGCAGCAGCGCGGACAAGAGGAGGAAGAAGAAGAAGAAGAAGAAGAAGGAGAAGAGGAAGAAAUGACAAAGGCCAUCGAGGCUGGUGAGGAGGAGGAGGAGGAGGCGAGGAGGAAAAAGGCCAUCGAGGCUGGUGAGGAGGAGGAGGAGGAAGAGGAGGAGGAGGAGGUGCGGAGGAGGAAGGCCAUCGAGGCUGGAGAGCUGCAGGAGGAGGAGGAGGAUGAGGAGGAGGCCAAGAGGACGAAGGCCAUUGAGGCUGGGGAGGGGCAGGAGGAGGAGGAGGAGGAGGAGGAAGAGCUGGAGGAGGGGCUGCUGCAGAUGAAGCUGCCGGAGUCGGUCAAGCUGCAGAUGUGCCACCUGCUGCAGCACCUGUGCGAGCGGGAGCUGCAGCACCGCGUGGAGGCCAUCGUGGCCUUCUCGGAGCGCCACGUGCAGCGGCUGCAGCGCGACCAGCGCCGCCGCUACGGCCGCCUGAUGCGGGCACUCACCAUGUCCGCCGCAGAGACCGCCCGGCGCACGCGGGAGUUCCGCUCACCGCCCCAGGAACAGAUCAACAUGCUGAUGCAGUACAAGGCGGGGGCUGAGGAUGAGGAGUGUCCGGUGCCCGGGGACAUCCGGGACGAGCUGCUGGACUUCCACAAUGACCUGCUGGCCCACUGUGGCAUCGAGCUGACAGAGGAGGAAGAGGAGGAGGAGGAGGAGGCGUCGCUGCGGCAGCGGCUGCUGGGGCUGGCUCAGAGGGUGCUGGGGGUCCGCAGCCCCCCCAAGGAGGAGGAGACCCCCCCCGAGGAGCCCCCCGUGCCCAGCACUCUCCAGGAGCUGAUCUCUCACACCAUGGUGCACUGGGCACAGGAAUCGUUCAUCCAGAGCCCGGCCCUGGUGCGGGCCAUGUUCCGCCUGCUGCACGGGCAGUACGACGCGCUGGGCGAGCUGCGGCGGGCGCUGCCCAAGGCUUACGCCAUCAGCGCCACCUCGGUGCCCGACACCACGGCCCUGCUCGAGUGCCUGGGCCAGAUCCGCUCGCUGCUCAUCGUGCAGAUGGGCCCCGAGGAGGAGAACCUCAUGAUCCAGAGCAUCGGGAACAUCAUGAACAACAAGGUGUUCUACCAGCACCCCAACCUGAUGCGUGCCCUGGGCAUGCACGAGACGGUGAUGCAGGUGAUGGUCAGCGUGCUGGGUGGCGGCGAGUCCAAGGAGAUUCGCUUCCCCAAGAUGGUGACCAACUGCUGCCGCUUCCUCUGCUACUUCUGCCGCAUCAGCCGCCAGAACCAGCGCUCCAUGUUCGACCACCUGGGCUACCUGCUGGAGAACAGCGGCAUCGGGCUGGGCAUGCAGGGCUCCACUCCCCUGGACGUGGCGGCCGCCUCCGUCAUCGACAACAACGAGCUGGCGCUGGCCCUCAAGGAGCAGGACCUGGAGAAGGUGGUCACCUACCUGGCCAGCUGUGGCCUGCAGAGCUGUCCCAUGCUGCUGGCCAAGGGCUACCCCGACAUCGGCUGGAACCCCUGUGGGGGUGAGAAGUACCUGGACUUCCUGCGCUUCGCCGUCUUCGUCAACGGGGAGAGCGUGGAGGAGAACGCCAACGUGGUGGUGCGGCUGCUGAUCCGGCGUCCCGAGUGCUUCGGGCCGGCGCUGCGGGGCGAGGGCGGCAGCGGGCUGCUGGCCGCAAUCCAGGACGCGCUGAGCAUCGCCCAGGACCCCGCCAGGGACGGGCCCAGCGGCCGCAGGGAGAGGAGACCGUUCGGGCCCGAGGAGCCCCCCGAGGAGAACCGAGUUCACCUGGGCCACGCCAUCAUGUCCUUCUACGCCGCCCUCAUCGACCUCCUGGGCCGCUGCGCCCCCGAGAUGCACCUGAUCCAGGCGGGGAAGGGGGAGGCGCUGAGGAUCCGGGCGAUUCUGCGCUCGCUCGUCCCCCUGGAGGACCUGGUGGGGAUCAUCAGCCUCCCCCUGCAGAUCCCAGCGCUGGGAAAAGACGGGAACGUGGUGGAGCCCCGCAUGGCCGCCAGUUUCGUCCCCGAGCACAAGGCGCCCAUGGUUCUGUUCCUGGACCGCGUUUAUGGGGUGCAGAGCCAGGAGUUCCUGCUCCACGUGCUGGAAGUGGGGUUCCUGCCCGACAUGCGCGCCGCCGCCUCGCUGGACACGGCCACGUUCAGCACCACGGAGAUGGCGCUGGCGCUGAACCGGUACCUGUGCCUGGCGGUGAUGCCGCUCAUCACCAAAUGCGCGCCGCUCUUCGCCGGCACCGAGCACCGCGCCAUCAUGGUGGACUCCAUGCUGCACACCAUCUACCGCCUGUCGCGCGGCCGCGCCCUCACCAAGGCCCAGCGCGACGCCAUCGAGGAGUGCCUGAUGGCCCUCUGCAGGUACAUCCGCCCGUCCAUGCUGCAGCACCUCCUGCGCCGCCUCGUCUUCGACGUCCCCAUCCUCAACGAGUUCGCCAAGAUGCCCCUCAAGCUGCUGACCAACCACUACGAGCGCUGCUGGCGCUAUUACUGCCUGCCCAGCGGCUGGGCCAACAUGGGGGUCAGCUCCGAGGAGGAGCUGCACCUCACCAGGAAACUCUUCUGGGGCAUCUUCGACUCCCUGGCACACAAGAAGUUUGACGCGGAUCUCUACAAGCUGGCCAUGCCGUGUCUCUGCGCCAUCGCGGGCGCGCUCCCUCCCGAUUACGUUGACGCCAGUUACUCGUCCCGCACCGAGAAGAAAGCGUCGGUGGACGCCGAGGGCAACUUCGACCCCAAACCCGUCGAGACCCUCAACGUCAUCAUCCCCGAGAAGCUCGACGGUUUCAUCAACAAAUACGCCGAGUACACGCACGAGAAAUGGGCCUUCGACAAGAUCCAGAACAAUUGGACUUUCGGGGAGGCCGUGGACGAGGAAGCCAAAACUCACCCGAUGCUGAGACCCUACAAAACGUUCUCGGAGAAGGACAAGGAGAUUUAUCGCUGGCCCAUCAAGGAGUCCCUCAAGGCCAUGCUGGCCUGGGAGUGGACGGUGGAGAAGGCGAGGGAGGGCGAGGAGGAGCGCUCCGAGAAGAAGAAAACGCGGAAAAUCUCCCAAAACGCACAGGCCACCUACGACCCCUCCCACGGGUACAGCCCCCAGCCCGUGGACCUGAGCGGGGUCACCCUGUCCCGGGAGCUGCAGGCCAUGGCGGAGCAGCUCGCUGAGAAUUAUCACAACACCUGGGGCCGCAAAAAGAAACUGGAGCUGGAGGCCAAGGGGGGCGGCUCCCACCCGCUGCUGGUGCCCUACGACACGCUGACCGCCAAGGAGAAGGCGCGAGACCGAGAGAAGGCGCAGGAGCUGCUCAAGUUCCUGCAGCUGCACGGAUACGCCGUCACACGGGGGCUCAAGGACAUGGAGCUGGACACGUCGUCCAUCGAGAAACGUUUCGCCUUCGGCUUCCUGCAGCAGCUGCUGCGCUGGAUGGACAUCGCCCAGGAGUUCAUCGCACACCUGGAGGCCGUGGUCAGCAGCGGGCGGGUGGAGAAAUCCCCCCACGAGCAGGAGAUCAAGUUCUUCGCCAAGAUUCUGCUGCCCCUCAUCAAUCAGUAUUUCCACAACCACUGCCUCUAUUUCCUGUCCACACCUGCCCAGGUGUUGGGCAGCGGCGGCCACGCCUCCAACAAGGAGAAGGAGAUGAUCACCAGCCUCUUCUGCAAACUGGCGGCGCUGGUCCGGCACCGCGUGGGGCUCUUCGGCACGGACGCCCCGGCUGUGGUGAACUGUCUGCUCAUCCUGGCCCGGUCCCUGGACGCCAGGACGGUGAUGAAGUCGGGCCCCGAGAUCGUCAAGGCGGGGCUGCGCUCGUUCUUCGAGUCGGCGGCCGAGGACAUGGAGAAACUGGGGGAGCAGCUGCGGCUGGGCCGGGGCACCCCGAGCCGCGCCCCCACCAAGGGGGUGGCACAGAAUGUCACCUACACCUCGGUGGCACUGCUGCCCGUCCUCACCGCGCUCUUCGAACACCUGGCACAGCACCAGUUCGGGGAUGACGUCAUCUUGGACGAUGUGCAGGUCUCCUGUUACCGCAUCCUCUGCAGCAUCUACAGCCUGGGCACCGCCCGCGGGCCCCUCAUCGACAGGCAGAGACCAGCCCUGGGGGAGUGCCUGGCCCGCCUGGCCGCGGCGAUGCCGGUGGCGUUCCUGGAGCCGAAGCUGAACCACCUGAACCCCAGCUCCGUCUACAGCACCAAGAGCGCCCGAGAGCGCGCACUCCUGGGUCUCCCCCCCCGCGUUGAGGACCUGUGUCCCGACCUGCCGGACCUGGGGCGGCUGAUGGGUGACAUCGGCGUGCUGGCGGAGUCGGGGGCGCGUUACACGGAGAUGCCACACGUGAUCGAGGUGACGCUGCCCAUGCUGUGCCAUUACCUGCCCCGCUGGUGGGAGCGCGGCCCCGACGCCGCCCCCCAGGGCCCCUGGGCCACCGAGGUGAGCGGCCAGCAGCUGAACGCGCUGCUGGGCCACAUCCUGCGCAUCGUGGUCAACAACCUGGGCAUCGACGAGGCCUCCUGGAUGAAGAGGCUGGCGGUUUUUGCUCAGCCCAUCGUGAGCAAGGCGCGGCCGGAGCUGCUGCGCUCUCACUUCAUCCCGACGCUGGGGCGGCUGCGGAAGCGCGCGGGGAAGGUGGUGGCCGAGGAGGAGCAGCUGCGGCUGGAGGGCAAAGCCGAGGCCGAGGACGCCGAGCUGCUGAUCCGGGACGAGUUCUCGGUGCUCUGCCGGGACCUCUACGCGCUCUACCCGCUGCUCAUCCGCUACGUGGACAACAGCCGGGCCAAGUGGCUGACGGAGCCCAACGAGGACGCGGAGGAGCUGUUCCGCAUGGUGGGCGAGGUCUUCAUCUACUGGUCCAAGUCUCACAAUUUCAAGCGUGAGGAGCAGAACUUUGUGGUGCAGAACGAGAUCAACAACAUGUCCUUCCUGACGGCCGACAGCAAGAGCAAGAUGGCCAAGGCGGGCAGUUCUGACCAGGAGCGCUCCAAGAAGCGCCGUCGCGGUGACCGAUACUCGGUGCACACCUCGCUCAUCGUGGCCACCCUGAAGAAGAUGCUGCCCAUCGGCCUCAACAUGUGCUCACCUGCGGACCAGGAGCUGAUCGCCCUGGCCAAGGGACGCUACGCCCUGAAGGACACGGACGAGGAGGUUCGGGAGUUCCUGCACAACAACCUGCACCUGCAGGACAAGGUGGAGAACACGGGCUCAGCACGCUGGCAGAUGGCCCUGGUGCGCCAGGCCGGCCGUGACGAGGACAGCGGUGACAGCCCCGAGCAGGUCGUGCGCAGGGUGCAGGAGGUGUCGGCCGUGCUCUAUCACCUGGAGCAGACGGAGCACCCCUACAAGUCCAAGAAGGCCGUGUGGCACAAGCUGCUCUCCAAACAGCGGCGCCGCGCCGUGGUGGCCUGCUUCCGCAUGACCCCCCUGUACAACCUGCCCAGGCACCGUGCCUGUAACAUGUUCCUCGAGUCCUACCGGCUCUCGUGGCUGGGCCGGGAGCAGCCGCCCUUCGAGGACCGGAUGAUCGACGACCUGUCGAAGUCGGGGCGCGAGGAGGAGGAGGAGGAGGAAGAGGCGGAGGCGCGGCCGGACCCCCUGCACCAGCUGAUCCUGCACUUCAGCCGCACCGCCCUCACCGAGCAGAGCCACCUGGAGCAGGAUCACCUGUACAUGGCCUACGCCGGGAUCAUGGCCAAGAGCUGCCACAUCGAGGAAGAGGAAGAGGAGGAGAAGGAGGAAGAGGAGAAGGAAGAGGAGGAAGCCGAGGAUUCGUUUGAGGAGAAGGAGAUGGAGAAGCAGAAGCUGCUGUCGCAGCAGGCGCGGCUGCACACGCGGGGGGCGGCCGAGAUGGUGCUGCAGAUGAUCAGUGCCUGCAAGGGUGAGCGGGGGGACAUGGUGUCCUCCACCCUCAAGUUGGGCAUCUCCAUCCUCAACGGGGGCAACGCUGACGUGCAGCAGAAGAUGCUGGAGUAUCUCAAGUCCAAGCGUGAGGUCGGUUUCUUCCAGAGCGUGCAGGCGCUGAUGCAAACCUGCAGCGUGCUGGACCUGAACGCGUUUGAGCGGCAGAACAAGGCCGAGGGGCUGGGCAUGGUCACCGAGGAGGGGACGAUCAUCAGCCGGGAGAACGGGGAGAAGGUGAUGUCGGACGAUGAAUUCACCCAGGACCUGUUCCGGCUGCUGCAGCUGCUCUGCGAGGGCCACAACAACGACUUCCAGAACUACCUGAGGACGCAGACGGGGAACACGACCACCAUCAACAUCAUCAUCUGCACCGUGGACUACCUGCUGCGCCUGCAGGAGUCCAUCAGUGACUUUUACUGGUACUACUCGGGCAAGGACGUCAUCGACGAGCAGGGCAAGAGGAAUUUCUCCAAAGCCAUGGCCGUGGCCAAGCAGGUGUUCAACAGCCUGACCGAGUACAUCCAGGGUCCCUGCACCGGGAACCAGCAGAGCCUGGCCCACAGCCGCCUCUGGGACGCCGUCGUCGGCUUCCUGCACGUCUUCGCUCACAUGAUGAAAAAACUGGCACAGGACUCGUCCCAGCUGGGGCUGCUGAAGGAGCUGCUGGACCUGCAGAAGGACAUGGUGGUGAUGCUGCUGUCCCUGCUCGAAGGGAACGUGGUGAACGGCACCAUCGCGCGGCAGAUGGUGGACAUGCUGGUGGAGUCCUCCAGCAACGUCACCAUGAUCCUCAAGUUCUUCGACAUGUUCCUCAAGCUGCGCGACAUCGUCUCCUCCGACGCCUUCCGCCACUUCGUCACCGACCCGCGCGGCCUCAUCUCCAAGAAGGAUUUCCAGAAGGCCAUGGACAGCCAGAAGCAGUACGAGCCCGAGGAGAUCCAGUUCCUGCUCUCCUGCUCCGAGGCCGACGAGAACGAGAUGAUCGACGUGGAGAGCUUCGCCCAGCGCUUCCAGGAGCCGGCGCGCGACAUCGGCUUCAACGUGGCCGUGCUGCUGACCAACCUGUCGGAGCACGUGCCGCACGACCAGCGCCUCAAGACCUUCCUGGAGCAGGCCGAGAGCAUCCUGGACUAUUUCCGUCCCUUCCUGGGCCGCAUCGAGAUCAUGGGGGCGGCGCGGCGCAUCGAGCGCAUCUACUUCGAGAUCAGCGGCGCCAACAAGGCGCAGUGGGAGAUGCCGCAGGUGAAGGAGUCCAAGCGGCAGUUCAUCUUCGACGUGGUCAACGAGGGCGGCGAGGCCGAGAAGAUGGAGCUCUUCGUCAACUUCUGCGAGGACACCAUCUUCGAGAUGCAGAUCGCCUCGCGCAUCUCCGAGGAGGAGGCGCCGCGCGACGAGGAGGAGGAGGAGGAGGAGGAGAGGGAGGAAGAGGAGCCGGCGGAGGCGGCGGCGGCGGCGGCGGCGCUGCCGGCGGGGCUGGGGCUGCUGCGGCGGCUGCUGGGGUCGCCCCACGCGUGGCGGCGGCGGCUGCGGAGGCUGCGGAAGAAGUCGGGGCGGGAGCUGGCGUGGGAGGCCGGGGCGGGCGUGGGGCGGGCGGCGCUGGGGGGGGUCCUGGGGGGGCUGGGGGUGCUGGGGGCCGUGGGGAGGCUGGCCUGGAGCUCGCUCUUCGGAGGGGGGCUGGUGGAGGGGGCGCAGCGCCUGGGGGUGAUGGAGGUGCUGGGCUCCAUGCCCGACCCCACCCAGGACGCGGUGGGGGGCGGCGAGGCCGGGGAGGGGGAGCAGGGGGGACCCCCGGAGCCGCAGAGACCCCCCGAGGCGCGGCUGGAGACCCCCGCGGGCGGCGGGGAGGAGGAGGAGGAGGAGGAGGAGGAGGAAGAGGAGGAGGUGGCCAGGAGGGAGGUGAAGGCGGCGCCGGCCGGGCAGGGGGCUCGCAAGGACCCCCAUUUCAGGCUGGCGGCCCCCGACGCGCCGGGGGGGCUCGGGGAUAUCGGGGAGCCCCCCGGGGCUGAGCCCCCCACCCCCGAGGGGACCCCCAUCCUGCGCAGGAAGAUCGGGGAGGUGGCAGAGCAGGUGGGGGAGGGGCAGAAGGAGGAGGAGCCCCCGGCCGAGGCCGAGAAAGCCGACACAGAGAACGGGGAGAAGGGCGGGGGUCCCGGGGGUCCCGAGGGUCCCGAGGAGGAGCCCCGGGCCCCCCCCCGGCGGCGCAAGUCGGUGCCCCGGGAGCGCCGCGAGCCCCCGGCCGAGGGGGGCUUCGACUUCUGGGGGGAGCUGGAGGUGCAGAGGGUCAAGUUCCUGAAUUACCUGUCGAGGAAUUUCUACAAUCUGCGUUUCCUGGCGCUGUUCCUCGCCUUCGCCAUCAACUUCAUCCUGCUCUUCUACAAGGUGUCGGAGCACCCCCCGGGCGCUGCAGAGGAGCCCGAGGGCUCGGGGGGCGCGUUCCCCGAUGAGGAGGGGUCUGCGGGCGGGGGUCCCGAGGCCGGGGGUCCCGAGGAGCCCGAGGUUUAUUAUUUCCUGGAGGAGAGCACCGGCUACAUGGGCCCGGCCCUGCGGGGGCUGGCGCUGGCCCACACCCUGGUGGCCUUCCUGUGCAUCAUCGGCUACAACUGCCUCAAGAUCCCCCUGGUGAUUUUCAAGCGGGAGAAGGAGGUGGCGCGGCGCCUCGAGUUCUCGGGGCUCUACAUCACCGAGCAGCCGCCCGACGAUGACGUCAAGGGACAGUGGGACCGGCUGGUGCUCAACGCCCAAUCCUUCCCCAGCAAUUACUGGGACAAGUUCAUCAAGAGAAAGGUGAUGGAGAAGUACGGGGACAUCUACGGGCGGGAGAGGAUCGCGGAGCUGCUGGGGAUGGACCUGGCCAGCCUGGAGAUGGGGGCGCAGGGCGAGCGCAGAGCCCCCCCCGACAGCUCCCUGCUCACCUGGAUCACAUCCAUCGACAUCCGCUACCAGAUCUGGAAAUUCGGGGUGAUUUUCACCGAUAACUCCUUCCUCUACCUCACCUGGUACAUGGCCAUGUCGCUGCUGGGCCACUACAACAACUUCUUCUUCGCCUCCCACCUGCUGGACAUCGCCAUGGGUGUCAAGACGCUGCGCACCAUCCUGUCCUCCGUCACCCACAACGGCAAGCAGCUGGUGAUGACGGUGGGGCUGCUGGCCGUGGUGGUCUACCUGUACACCGUGGUGGCCUUCAACUUCUUCCGCAAGUUCUACAACAAGAGCGAGGAUGAGGAUGAGCCCGACAUGAAGUGUGAUGACAUGAUGACGUGUUACCUGUUCCACAUGUACGUGGGGGUCCGGGCUGGGGGCGGCAUCGGGGACGAGAUCGAGGAUCCGGCGGGGGAUGAUUACGAGCUCUACCGAGUCGUCUUCGACAUCACCUUCUUCUUCUUCGUCAUCGUCAUCCUCCUCGCCAUCAUCCAGGGUCUGAUCAUCGACGCCUUCGGGGAGCUGCGGGACCAGCAGGAGCAGGUGAAGGAGGACAUGGAGACGAAAUGUUUCAUCUGCGGCAUCGGGAGCGAUUAUUUCGACACGACGCCCCACGGCUUCGAGACCCACACGCUGGAGGAGCACAACCUGGCCAACUACAUGUUUUUCCUGAUGUAUUUGAUCAACAAGGACGAGACGGAGCACACGGGGCAGGAAUCUUACGUGUGGAAGAUGUACCAGGAGCGCUGCUGGGAUUUCUUCCCGGCCGGUGACUGCUUCCGCAAGCAAUACGAGGAUCAGCUGGGGUGACCCCUCCCCAAAACCCCCUCCCCAAAACCCCAAAAGUGCCUUUUGUUUCCUCCCCCCUCCCAAUAAACGCUGCUGAGUGUCACUGGCUGGUUUCUGACCCCCUGAAACGCCCCCCAGACCUCCUUUAAGUGCCUUUUUUCCCCCCUCCCCAAAUAAACGCUGCCGAGUGUCGCUGUC